AGUGAAAGGGCCUAGGGUCAGUACUGCACUUUCCUGAUGCAGUCAGACUUUCAACUUUUAAUCUGUAAUGAUGUCAGCAAUUUGGUCCUCAAGGUCAUUAAUUGUUUAUACCCUACACAGAUACACAGACAGUAUGUCUGACCAUAAACAAAGUGUUCCUGCAUCAGAUUCUAGUAUGGCUCUUUGUCAGCACACAUUUCUCUUUUGUCCAACAGAAGAGAUCAAGGAAUGCAAUAAGGAGAGGAGUGGAGAGAGGGAGGGAAAGUGCUCACUGGACUGAAAAGCAAUGGUGUAUGAGAGAGUAGUGGACAUUUGUUUUAGGACACUGGCCAAGAGUUUCUGUGGAUUGUAAAUUAACUGCAGCAUGAGAAAACGAGUCUGUUACUGACAGUAAUGAGCUUUACCACACAAAUCACCAUAAUUUAACAGGCAACUGUUGCCUGCAUGGUAAUGAUCUCUCUGUAUAGCCUGUGUUUUGCAGUAAAGUCUGUCUCUGUUCCAGUUUCACUGUGGAAUUGAUGUGACUGAGUGUUACUGGUUUGCCUGCACUACAGCCAAAAGAUGAAGCCAAAGCAGUCAACAGAUAAGAGCACACGCGGUUCAGUCCCAGGACCAAGCAGCGCGCGCGUGAGAGAAUACAGCGAUAAGAUUCUUCACAAAGCAAGACCUGCCUAAAUCUACCCCAAUGAUAUAAUCAAAGCUCUCCUCGGGACGCAAUGACAGCGGGAGCUGGUGGACGCAGUGCGCUUUAAAAGAAAGAAAAACAGAAAAGAACUUUCAGUGAACUUAUUAACUGUGCUAACUGCCUCCUGGAAGAAUGAGCACCUCCCCCCUCGGAUCUCGUGCCUCCAUCGACAUCUUGGAGGAGCUGCAGCUUAUUGCGGCCCAGAACCUGGAGAAGCUGGACAUUAAUAAGUACUAUGAAGUUAUUAGGGAGCUGGGCAAGGGCACUUAUGGCAAGGUGGAUCUGGUUGUCCACAAGAUAAGAGGCACUAAGAUGGCUCUGAAGUUCUUGCGGAAGAAAACCACUAAGCUGAAGAGCUUUCUGAGGGAGUAUAGCAUCUCACUCUACCUUUCCCCAUGCCCAUACAUUAUCAGCAUGUAUGGCAUCGCCUUUGAGACAGACGAGUAUUACAUCUUUGCGCAAGAGUAUGCAUUAGCUGGGGACCUCUUUGAUAUCAUUCCCCCUCAGGUGGGGCUGCCAGAGAGUGUGGCGAAACGCUGUGUACACCAGGUGGCCUUGGCGCUUGACUACCUUCACUCUAAGAAGCUGGUGCAUCGUGACAUCAAGCCUGAGAACGUGCUCAUCUUUGACCGGGAGUGCCGAAAGGUCAAGCUGUCAGACUUCGGUAUGACGCGUCGAGCCGGUUCACCAGUAAAGCGCGUGAGCGGUACCAUCCCUUACACGGCACCUGAGCUGUGUGAGCCAGGCCGCCAUGAUGGUUUCUGUGUGGACUAUAGCACAGAUGUGUGGGCCUUUGGAGUGCUCCUCUUCUGUAUGCUCACAGGCAACUUUCCAUGGGAGAAGGCGCUACCAUGCGACGCCUUUUACGAAGAGUUUGCACGCUGGCAGCAGCAGCCAAGGAGGCGGGCGGGUGCAGUGCCAUCACAGUGGCGUCGCUUUACCAGCGAGGCGCUGCGCAUGUUCCGGCACCUCCUGGCUAUCGAGAAGGAGCAACGCUGCUCUGUCAAUGAGGUGCUCACCUUCUUCUGCCACUGCUGGAUGCUAGACACGGAAAACGGCAACACCGCUACCUCACCCAGUGGCACGGUGCUCAAUGGGCACCUGGCUGAGCUCAGUUCUUCUUCCUCAGAGGAAGAUGAUUUGGUGGAGCGUCUGAAGCAGCAGAGCCUGUCACCUGUGUGCGCUGUGGCCAAAGCAGGCAUUGUCAUUGAGCCGGUGGCACCGCCCUACUCCACCAUGUCUACCAUCAACUCGCCUUCCUCUAAUAACAGCUACGAGCGUGUCUCCCGUGACAGCAACGGUAAUGGAGGUCGCAUCCUUGUGACCACGCCUAUCGAGAUCUGUGUGUAGUAACACUGUAGAUGACUAUACAGACUAUACACAUAUUCAAAACACUGGUAACCAGUCGACAACGGUGAGGACUCCAAUCCUUAAACAAGGAGGAAAUGCUCCGUAUCUCAUGCUGAGUGUAGAACAUAGUGAAAACGUUCUACAGAGGCAGACGUGUCAAUUGUUCCUUAUGAUGAGUGUCUCUGAGGGGAAUACCACAAGUCGAAAACAGUCGUCAUACUGAUUGUGUAUCUCAGCAUUUCAACCAUUUUAGUUCACAAGUAAUCAGUCCACCAUUAGCAACAGUGCACACAUUGGGGGGGGGGGGGGGGACAAAAACAAACAGGUGUGAAAUUACCUGUACCAUCAUAUAGCAAUAUGUUAAAUGUUUUGCAAAAAUAAAAAUCAAUGUAACAAAGUUGUAAUGUCUGAGACUAACUGCAAAAACACAAUGUGAAAAUUUUCAUAAUGUGAUUUUUGGAAGUGGUACUUGUUUGUGAAUGUCCAUUUGGUUAGUGGGUAAUUUCAAUUUUUUAAAAAUGUGGGGUUUUUUGCAUUAUUUAUUUUGAUCUUGUACUUCUGAUAUUUUGCUAUUUAUUUUAUACUGUAGCAUUAUAGAGUUAAUAAUGCCCAGUUGCCAUUAUGGUGUGUUGCAUUGUUUAAAAAAAAAAAAAAAAAAAAGACAAGUCCUUCUAAACCAAAAUGUUAUCAGAACUUCCCUAAGAUGUUAUCUUCAUUUGAACAGUGCAUGCCAUUUUCUCUGUGUUGUUUCUUAGUAUGGUGCAUUUUUGAGAGUUUCAAUGGGUCUUCUCACAGUGAGCGAGGCCUCGAUUGCUCGGAUGAUGUUACCAAUGUGAUGACAGUGCAUACGGAUGCCUGUCACUAUUCUGAACACAGAGAAGGUUUGAUUUGUACUAUAGAAAAAAUAAAAAUAGGGCUGUGUUAGAACACAGAGCAUGCCAGUGAUUCAGAUGUGGUGAUACAGAAUCAUCCGUCCAUGUCUUGAGAAUGAGGACACUACUGUAGGUGUCAUAGGAGUGUUUUACAAGAGCAGAUGGACAAUUUUGAAAUCAUUCUUCUGACUUGAAGGUGUUUUAAGAAUUUCUCAGGUAAAUAUGGUUAUACUGUGUAAUUACACAUAAUAGCCCAGUUUAAAUCUAGUUAUUUAAAGGAAAGGAAUGACUUUGUGAGAGAGUGAUACUGGAAUCUUAUUACAAAAUAUGGAACUUGAUUUGAUCAAGACUGUUAUUAUUUGUCGUAUGUGAUUCAUUUGUUUCCAGAGCUAGUUAUGAAAAAUAAUUAGAUGUCACAUUCAAUGCUUUGCUUCAGCUCUCACUCAAAUUUCGAAUGAAGUAGGUUUUUAAAACAGUAAAUGAUCUAAACCAAAAACUUCUUCAUAGGGGGUAGUCAUUAAGAUCAAACGCCACACAUCUGCUUUGUCAUAGAUUUGACACAGAUUUUUAUACAACCCCAAUUCCAAAAAAGUUGGGAUGCUGUGUAAAAU